AUGAGCGAAACGCUCAGAAGCGAGGCGGGCGCGGAUAGCGCGCACCUACCGCCAUUCUCGACCUUCGGCGACAUGGCGGAGAACGAGCAAAGGAUACUCACCGCCGACACCCGGCUCCUCGAUCCAGGCUGGGAAUACUACGAGAGGACUGGCGACACGGUCUCCGUGAUCGCUAGCCAACCACAAUACCGCCCAUGGGAGUCGAUGCCCAUCACCGUGAAUUCAAAGGAUGCAAUACUACGUGCAGGGUUCGCGUCUCCUCUCGAAUAUCAAUCGGUCACCCUGCAGCCAAUAGCUAAUAAGCUACCGUCCUUCCAAAGCCAAUUCCAAACAUUUCCAGAAACUACAGUGAUACCGGAAACAGGGCUCCCGAGUGUGACACCAGUGCCAGUCACAACGAGCCCGACCCCUAGUGCGAGCCCUAGUCAGUUAACACAGCUCACGCAACUAACUACUCCCUCAUCACCUGCACAUUUAACUACACUAGCACAGGUAGCACCUUUGUCGACGACUCUCACGACAUUGUCACCAGUCAAUGCUACAACAUUCCAUACCUUAACUGCUGUAAACGCACGAAGCUACCCAAUCGUUCCAGCGCCGCUGCAAGCGCGCGAAUUGGGGCCUGCCGGUCAAGCAUAUAUAGACGACCGACAUAUACAGCUGUAUCAGCCAAACAUUGCGACAAUAAAUGCAUUCCCCGCACAAAAUGGUAUUUUACAUCAAAAUGGAACGCUUCUUCACCAAAAUGGUAGUUUAAUUCAAAAUAUCCAAAGUCCUACUGUAGUUCAUGUUUUGAAAAACGAACCAUUUGACGUAAAGUCUCUACAAGAUAAAUACACGCCGAACGGCUUACAUCACAGUAAUUUCCAAAAUCCUAUGCUAAUAGACAAUGGGUACGAUAAAAAGACAAAUGGCUUUGGAAGCGGUUCAUCACCAACGAGAUCGGAUUUCCGAAAGAAGGAGAGACGGAAAAUAAGAGCAAACAGCUCAGAGUCAGAUGGAUCGAACAUGGAAGUAGGGUCAGAAAGCAGUGGACAAGUCGCUGCUGUAUCUUCUACUGCCGGCUUUAAGUCUCCGAUGCACGGCGCCCCACCUAUGACCACUGGACCAAUGGAACUCGACGAUAUUUCCAGUGAAAAGCAGACUAAAAAGAAGAGGAAGCGGUGCGGCGAGUGUAUAGGCUGUCAACGUAAGGAUAAUUGUGGUGACUGCGCGCCUUGUCGCAACGACAAGUCACAUCAAAUAUGCAAGCAGAGGAGGUGCGAAAAGUUGACGGAGAAAAAGCUUGUUUUGGCGCCGGACGGGACGUUGCAGACGGUGAAGAGCGAGUCGCGCCGAGGUCGCGGCAGAGGGCGCGCUGCGACUACACCCGUCUUACAAGACAUCAAGAGUUACCGUGGUCGUAAGCCAUUGGGCGGAGGAGUGUCGUCCGCGGUCGGGUUGAGCCCCGGAGUGCCAGCCUCAGCUUCCCCAGGACCCGCUGCGCCAGCCGCACCUAGCCCUGCUCCAGCCACAACGCCAGCUAUGAAACAGGAACAUCCCAGCCAACCCAUGGCUCCAAUGCCGUUUUACGCCGGUGACCCGAACAGAUUCCCAACAGCUUGGCAAACAGAUCCUUCACAAGGUUGGCAGAAUCAAUUUAUACAGCAGCUUCCAACUCAAACAGGCCAAACAACUUUAGACUAUCAAGGCAAUCACACGCCUUACGCAACGUCUCCUCAUUACCAAGCCAACACCACAUACACCGUCCAAAACGUCGCUACUACAUUUGAUGUUACAAACAAUACUUAUUACCCGGCUGGAAUUCAAACUAUUCCAGCUCAACGCCCGCCUUCUAAUCGUGGAGCGUACACUCCAGUUCCAUCACCGCGAGCUCCUCACUAUACGACCGAAUAUCAGCAACAGUAUGCACAACAAGCGCCUACUCCGGGAGGUACUACGGGAAGUGAUUCAAGACCCGCCUCAGCUGCCUCUUAUCAAAGUUCAGUUGCAACUCCAGCUGCGCCAGUUUACACUGUCAGUCAGAACUAUGAAAGAACCGAGUAUACGACAGAACAUACAGAAGAAUACAAUAACGGAGACAACGGUACAGAUGUAUCGAAUAACGACAAUGAAAGACAAGAACAAAAUGCCUCGAAUAGUCAGCAUUCGGGAAACGCCGAGCCUGGAUACCUGCAGGGGAGCAACGGUCCGCGAGCUUCACUCGAUUGUAACGGGUAUUCGGGCAACUAUAACAGCGGACAAUAUACAGAAAACGGACAAGCGCAGAACCAAAGCGAUUGGCAACAACGUCAAUGGCAACAUAACCAAAGAAUACAAAAUCAACAACAAAUACAAAAUCAACAACAGUUACAAAAUCAGCAACAAUUACAAAAUCAACAACAAUUACAAAGUCAACAAUUACAAAAUCAACAACUACAAAAUCAACAACAACAAUUACAAAAUCAGCAACAGUUACAGAACCAACAACAACAGUUACAAAAUCCACAACAGAUACAAAAUCAACAACAGAUGCAAAAUCAGCAACAGAUGCAAAAUCAGCAACAGAUGCAAAAUCAGCAACAGAUGCAAAAUCAGCAACAGAUGCAAAAUCAGCAACAGAUGCAAAAUCAGCAACAGAUGCAAAAUCAGCAACAGAUGCAAAAUCAGCAACAGAUGCAAAAUCAGCAACAGAUGCAAAAUCAGCAACAAAUGCAAAGUCAACAACAACUGCAAAAUCAACAACAACUUCAAAAUCAUCAUCAACAACAACAAAUACAAAAUCAGAUGCAGACCCAUCAAAAUCAGCAAAUUCAGCAACAAAGACAAGAAGAAGCAGAACAACAAAUGUUUUCACAAUCUGACAGAGUUAACUUAAAUUCCAGAUUAAAAACGAUGAUACUAAAUAAGCAGAACCAUAUUAGAGAUGGCACAAAUACGCCACCAGACAAAGGUGACCCUGGAGAAGGACCCCCUCGUAUAAUAGAUGACAGAAAAAGUGGGGCUAAUGACGAUAGAAAUACCACCGGUCAUUUUUUAUCGUAUAGCCACCAUCUCCGAGAUAAUUACCGUAUAGGUGAACAGGGCUUUCCUGUCACUGGUAAUUAUUCACAAAGCACCCAUGUCUACGGCUUGGGUGAUUUCGGAGGUGGUGGCCACCACGUAUGGGAGGGAGGCACGGGGGUCUCAAAAGGUUAUGAUAAACACAAUUUGUCAAAAAAUGCGUCUAAAACUCCUCAAAAAUUACCAUCUUACGCUGAUAUGAGACCGCAAUAUGGAGCAUAUUCAAAUAUACCUUACGAUGCGCAAAAGUAUGCAGAAAUGUACGGUAGUGAUAGCAAUUUAAGUUAUAAUCAACAAGAUAAUAAAGAUUUUCAAUCGAAGAUGCUUAUUGGACCAGUAUCUAAUAUUAACCAACAAAAUUGCGCCCCGGCGCGUGACGUAAACGCACAAAAAAGAGCUUAUGAUAAAGAGCCUUAUGAUUCUAAAUUUAGACAUCCAGCAGCACCUCUAAUACCUAAGUUAGAAAUACCGGAUAGUUUUCAAUAUUGCAAAGAUACUAUAAAGAUGGAACCUCAAAGACAAAUGAAUCUAAAUAUGUAUUCAAAACCAAACGAAACACUUACAAAUGUUAACUAUAAGGAUUGUGCUAAUAAUAUUCCUCAUAGGUCACAUCAAGUUACAGCAUUGCCACCGAUAUCAACAAUUAAAAAUGAGAAUUUUAACCUUAACCAAAAAUCUCAGAUCUAUCAUAACUUUCAAAAUAAUUCGUAUGAAAGAAAAGUUAACAAAAGCGAUUCUUACGCUCAAAUACCACGAAUUCAAGGAGGCUUAGGUUUCCAAAAAUAUAACGGGAAUUAUGAAGCAAGAUAUGAAAAAGGGUCAGAUAGUGGAGGUAAUUCUGGUAGAGGUACACCCGUCCAACCUAAACCACCUUAUUAUAUCGAACAGAUCAAAUCAGAGCAUUCGCCACCUGGACAUAAGAUCUACAAAAAUCUAAGCUACGGUCCACCAAGAAAUGAACCAUACAUGUUUACAGGGGAGGGUGGACCGGUUUCUAUUAGAAAUGAAGUAGGCUAUGCCUGUUGUAGGCAAGGCUCUACAACGAAACCUCCCCCAGAGCACUUAAGAGAUGGAGCAUGUCCAGGGCUUCAAACCAAAGAUGAAAUUCUGGAAGAUGAUCCAGAUAAUACUGACAAAAAUGAUCCUAAGAACAAAUCUAAGCCCGGUACACCAUUAGCAGAAUUACUUAUAAAGAACCCUAAGGAAAAUCAAUUUAAUUACUCCAAAGAAUAUUUAGACAAUUUAGAAAAGUUAAAAAAUAAUUCAAGAACCGAGGUACCCGAUUGCAAUUGUUUUCCUGCUGAUAAAAAUCCACCAGAACCAGGCAGUUAUUACACCCACUUAGGAGCAUCAUCGUCUUUAGUAGAACUUAGGAAAGAACUUGAAGCACGCACAGGAUUGUCUGGAAAUGAAUUGAGAAUCGAAAAAGUUUGUUAUACUGGAAAAGAAGGAAAAACUGCUCAAGGUUGUCCCAUGGCUAAGUGGGUCAUUCGACGGUCUAACUAUACAGAAAAAGUAUUAGUCGUGGUGAAGUUUCGAAAUGGUCAUAAAUGUGCUACGUCCUGGAUAGUGGUAUGCUUAGUAGCCUGGGAAGGAAUCCCACAAUCUGAAGCUGAUUUAGAUUACACUCUGCUGUCUCAUAAACUAAACAGAUAUGGAUUACCAACUACUCGUCGAUGUGCGACAAACGAAAAUAGAACUUGUGCAUGUCAAGGUCUCGAUCCUGAAACGUGCGGCGCGUCCUACAGUUUCGGUUGCUCAUGGUCCAUGUAUUAUAAUGGAUGUAAAUACGCCCGUUCAAAAACUGUCCGCAAGUUCCGACUUUCGGUCAAAACUGAGGAAAGUGAAAUUGAGGAGCGCAUGCAUGUUCUCGCAACACUGUUAAGCCCAUUGUACAUGAACCUCGCGCCUAAAUCAUUUGAAAAUCAAUGUCAGUUUGAAAAAGAAGCUUCCGAUUGUCGAUUGGGUUUUAAACCAGGCCGUCCUUUUUCUGGAGUAACAGCAUGUAUAGAUUUUUGUGCUCAUGCACAUAGAGAUCUGCACAAUAUGAACAAUGGAUGCACGGCAGUUGUAACCCUAGCAAAGCAUCGUGCACUUUCAAAACCUAACGACGAACAACUGCAUGUUCUUCCACUGUAUGUUUUAGACACCACUGAUGAAUUUGGGUCAAAAGAAGCACAGGAAGAAAAAAUGAAAAGUGGAGCAUUAGAAGUCUUGGACAAAUAUCCUAUGGAAGUUCGAGUUCGGUCAGUUCCUUUACAACCCUGCAGACGUCACGGAAAAAAAAGAAAAGACGACGAAAAUUCAGAAUCAAAUAAUUCGUCAACAAACACGCCUCAACAGAGUCCGGGUAACCAGAAGAAACCCCAAUGUUCUACUCCCGCACCUAAAACGCCUCAACCAAAUGAUGUUAGAAAUAAUGCAAGUCCAAGAAGCCAAAGUAGUGCUUCACCAAGAGCAAACACGCCGGCUUUAAAUCAAACAAAUACUUCUUUCUCCAAUAAUCCUCAUUAUAAUUCUGCUUUUGUUAAUCCAAAUAUACAUAAUCUCAACCCCGGACUGAUGAACUCGAAUUUAGGUAAUCCAGCUUUACUGGAUAUGGCUACAAUGAUUGACAAUUUCACAGAUGCCCAACUACAGAGUAAUCAAAUUUCUAGUACUGUAUUAGACUCACCUUAUAAUCCUUACGACCAAAGCUACAAUCUUCAUAAUCAAAACACUAUAUACAAUCCAACACAUGGGCCUACAUUAGUGGAGAAUAACUGUCAGAAUUCCAAUCCAAAUCAAUUACCAAGCUUUACGCCUACGUUACAAAAAAGAGACCAACAAUUUACAACACAGAAUUCUGUACCAGUUAACGCGACCCAACAACAAUGGCCAGAUUUUGAUAAUUCAGAAAUAUUUAAUAACGUCGUAAAGGAAGAUCCCGAUUCUACUACAGCUCAUUUAAACAUGCCGCCUAAUAACUAUAGCCCAGACUCAAAUCGAAGCGACAACAAUUCUGAUCAAAUCUAUAAAACUACUACAGAAACAGAAAAACAAAAUGCUAAUGACAUAUCACAAAAAAUGCCUGAAUUUGAUAUGCCUAAUUCUCCGAGAUUAACGGAGAUAUCUCAAAAAACUCAGCGCACACCAAAAUCACCAGCAUCGACUCAAGAACAAAAAUCACCUAUUAAUGAUACUGUUAUUAACCCAGAAAGUCGUAAAAGUGCAUGGAAAUCACCAGAUUCCAAAAGUUGGGAUUCAUCUAAACCCAAAGAACAAGUUAAUGAAAAUGAAAGUGCACUGUUUAGAAUACCUAAAGCGAGACCACCUUCUAGGACUCAGUAUGUCAAUCCAGGUGAUGCUAUAGAAAACUCAACAUUUUUAAAACCAUAUCCUCCAUCUGAUAGACAAAAUCCAAACCAAGGAUAUGAACAGAGAACACAUGAUAUCAGAAUGAAUAAUGUUGCACCUCCAACAUCAGUGUUUCAGACAAAUUUUACAAUUAAUCACGAUGACAUACAAAAUGCAUCGACGAAUAAACCCGUUACUGAGUUUACGGGUAAUAACUUUCAGCCCGUUAACCAAAAUACUUAUAGCCAAUCUUCGAUGCAAGGCUAUGGCAAUUAUCCUCAAAUGACGAACGCGUAUCCAUUUACGCCUAAUCCAUAUGGCCAUUUCAAUCCUUAUGAAAAUUCCUAUAACGAUUAUAACAGCUUAGCGUAUUACAAUGCUGAAAAAUUUAAAAGAGAAGAAUUAUUAAGAAAUUCACACUGCUAUAAUUCUUACGGAUACCAGUAUAAUCCCAACUUCGCCACCAACUUUUAUCAAAAUCCGAGCCCAAAUUGGUGUCAAUCUUCGCCUAACUGGUGUUUGUAUCCUCCGCCUUUUUCCAUUCCAUAUCCGCCGGAACCACCAAAGGCAGAACCAAUAGGAGAAGUAACGGGAAUAUCCGAUAACCUAGAAUGCUUCAAAGAUAGUCAAAUGGGCGGAGUAGCUAUUGCAUUAGGCCAUGGAAGUGUUUUAUUUGAAUGUGCAAAACAUGAAAUGCAUUCGACGACCGCAGUUAAGAGUCCAAAUCGAGUAAAUCCGACCCGCAUAUCAUUAGUUUUUUACCAACACAGAAAUUUGAAUCGCCCUAAACAUGGUCUUGAAGAAUGGGAGGAAAAAAUGAGAUUAAAAAAAUUAGGUCUGAAUCCGUCUACGCCCAGUACUCCCGGCCCGAAUUCAAAUUCUGUUUCACCUGCAUCCACCCCGGGGCCAGAUCAAAGACCUACACCGACUGCAGAGAAAUGGAAAAGCAAUGAAAAUCUUAUUCCCGGUGGUUACAGUUCGUUAUCAGCUUUAGUAGAAGCGACGAAUGCUGCUAAGAAAAGUGGUCAAAUUAGACUGAGGACAGACACACAGACUACAAUGUCGUGGACUACUCUAUUUCCUAUGCACCCAUGCACUGUCACAGGCCCCUACCAAGAAUCCGGCACUUGA